AUGUCCGAUGCCGAGCAGGUUGCAUCGAUGGACCAGGUCCUCACCUCGGGUUUCGGCAAUGCCACGGUGGGCAUCAGCAUGAUCGUGUUCAUGGCAAUCGCCCUGUAUAAUGCCUUGGAGCUUUCAGUGCUUAUCCCGCUAAGCUUCCAUAGCUACCGGAGUCUCUAUUUCUGGGCACUGUUGACCUCCGCCGUGCUAGGCGUGAUACCCCAAACGAUUGGUCAGGGCCUGCAGUACUUUAAUCGAGCACCGUUAUGGCUGAGCAUGUUUCUCUCGAAUUUCGGAUUCAUCUUUCUCGUUCCGAAUCAAUCCAUCGUGCUCUACUCGCGACUUCACCUGGUCUCGCAGAAUCAGAUCGUGUUGGCUUUUGUGCGGUGGUUGAUCGUAUUUUGUUACGUUGCGAUCGCCAUCCCCACCGUUACGUUGAAUAUAGGCUCGAGCUAUGUCCCGGAGUCCGCUGGAUGGGUGGAUGGAUUUGACGCUAUAGAAAGAAUCCAGGUGAUUUGGUUUGCGGCUCAGGAGGUAUUUAUCUCGACUAUUUAUAUCGUCGAUACGAUACGACUGAUUCGAUUGAAUCCCGAGUUGGAUGCGCGUCGACAUAAGAUUUUGUAUGAGCUGUUGGCUAUCAAUAUUGCGGCUAUUCUAAUGGAUUUGUCGAUUGUCAUCUUGCAGCAUCUGGGUUUAUACUUUACCCAGAUUGAACUGAAGCCCAUGCUUUAUAGCAUCAAGCUGAAGCUUGAGUUUGCCGUGCUGGGCAUGUUGGUUUCUCUGGUGCAUUCUCAUAGUUCAAAUUCGCAUUCGUGGGGGGCUGAUUGUGCUACCUCGGGGUUGUCGUAG